AUGAGUAGAUUAAUUGUUGAUUAUGGAAAAAAAACUCAAAAAAAAAAACUGGAUUUAUAUUAUUCCCAUCCUCAUAGAUGUCGAAUAAUGUUCUUCAAAUUUAUAAUGGUAUGUUUUCGAUUUAUAUGGCAAUUGAGUAUUUUGACAAUAUCAUUAUGUUUGACAAUUAGUCAAAUGUACAAUGUGAUUGAUUAACAAUUAGAUUUAGAUUAUGUAGAUUAUUCACAUUUAAAUAACGUGAUUGCAAAAAUAAUUAGUUCAUACACUAUAUUAAAAAGAUUUAACAAUAUUGAAAAUUCCAAAUUUUUUUUUUAAGUGUGUCCAUAUCAUGAUUUGCAAUUAUUUCAUUCCUUCAUAUGGGAGAACGAGUUAAUAAAUGAUUAUACUAGAAAAAAAUAAAAUCAAAUUAAAUUCAUAAAAAAUCUCAAACGAAAAGAACAUAUAUUUUUUAAAUCAAUAACUUAAGUACAACAUAGGAUUUUAUAAAGAUAAUAUCAAGAACUAAAUUAAAAAUUAAUAUUUUAGUGA